UCAUCUUUAAUUAUUAGUUAAUUAAUUCGUGAAAUUGGGGGGAACGGCUAUCAUCGGCAGCGAGGGUACCGCUGAGAGGCUGGCGGAGUGGGAGAGGGUUGACAAUGGCGCUGACUAGGAUCGGUCGCAGUCUUCUAAUGCGCACAGAGACGGGGCUACCACCCAUGUUUGUUCGCAGGGUGUCAGUGCAGGCAGAAUCUUCGACCAAUGGGGGCAGUGCAGGGGAAGGAGGAGGCAUGCUGCCGGCGGGAAUCGAGAAGGGGGAAGUUGGUGCAAUAUCAGGUGUGCCGACAGAGCACUUGAGGAGGAGGGUGGUGGUAUUCCAGCCGUCGAAAGUUGUCACUCAGUCUGGAUCGUCUAAGUGGAAGAACUGGAGGAUUACAUUUCUCUCCACGCAGAAAUGGGAGAACCCGUUGAUGGGAUGGACGUCGACAUCAGACACAUUGGCGAAUGUGGGGGAGGCAGGGUUAUACUUUGACAGCAAGGAGGCAGCCAUUCAAUUUGCUGAGAAACACGGAUGGGAGUACGAGGUGCAGGGGCCCAAGGAGGAAGUGAAGACGCCGAAAUCGUAUGCGGACAAUUUCAAAUGGAGGGGUCCUGCACCACAGAAAUGAUUCGGAACAGCGCUGACGCAAUCUGUCGGUCGCCUGUUAAUGUAAAAAAAAACAUAACCUGUGUUAAAACUUAAAAAAUGAUGCUAAUCGACGUAAUCGUAAUGAAAAAGGAGGAUGUGUGUGCAAUCCACUAUCGGUUGUGUGUGUGGAUUAAUCAUCCAAGAGCACAAUCCUCUAUGCCACACAAGAAACCUGCACCCAUAGAAACCAAGCGCCACACAUACGCACUCACACAACACACUCACACGCACACACAGACACACAUACACAGACACACACACAGCACAGCUACGCUCUUUUUUGGUGGAGUUGUAUAUACUAUAUAGUGAAGAUGACAAAACACACACAUGCACACAGAACAAUCUGCCACCGUCAUGCUUUUUCGGUGGAUUUGUAAUAUAGUGCACAUCACAACACACACACACACACACACACACACACACACACACACGAUGACGAAGAGGAGGAAGUAGAGGAAGAAGAGGAGAAAGAAGAGAAGGGGAGUAGAGGUAGAGGAUGAUGGUAGAGGUGGGGAAGGUGCAGGAGAGGGGGCCAGUGGUCGUGGUGUUGAUGGUAGCGGUAGUCGGGGAUCAGCAGGGGAAGAAUUGGUGGUGGAGAAAGUGGGCGUCAAACGACUAGCACUGUGCUGAUCUCCACUAGUCCGAUCUGUUUCUUGUGGGUCAGCUGCAGGGUUGGUCUGUGGGGGCACAGUUUCAGCAGCAGCCGCCACCAGGGUAGGGUGCUUUUCUCGA